AUGUCCAAAUUGUUGGAUCUGUCUUUCCACUUCAAAAAGAAGGAAGUGGGAGGCUCUUGGGACAGCCGACAAAUCCCGUUUGAACGGUACAACGUGGGAUUUUUGGAAGGAAUUUAUGUGGCAAGUUUUGCCUUUAACAAGGGGUCUAAACCUCAAUAUGCAUCCAGUUCAUGCCACAAUGUCUGGGUAGUGGUGGAGUCCCUUUGCGCCACCACUAUCUCCACCAAUUCUUGCCGGUGGUGGUAUCUUUUCAGUCUUGCAAUAACUUCAACAUUGUCUAUUUCAUCACACAAACAUAUUGAAGAAUAUUGUGUGUUAUUUCAUCAUCUGAGAUCUGGGUUCGAGAAAGAGACUGAUCGAAAGAAGAUCUGCUGGAAUUUUAAGGGUCUUUUUAUUGAGGAGGAGCAAGUGGAGGAGCAACCAGCUUUCAGUGUCAAGAGCUUCCUCUGGCACGGCGGCUCCGUCUAUGAUGCUUGGUUCAGUUGUGCUUCAAAUCAAGUGGCACAAGUUCUAUUGACAUUGCCAUACUCAUUCUCCCAACUGGGAAUGCUAUCUGGAAUUCUGCUUCAAAUAUUCUAUGGCAUAUUGGGUAGUUGGACAGCCUACCUCAUCAGUGUUCUAUACGUCGAAUAUCGAAGUCGAAAGGAGAAAGAAGGUGUUAGCUUCAAGAAUCAUGUCAUUCAGUGGUUUGAAGUGCUGGAUGGAUUACUUGGUCCUUAUUGGAAAGCUGUAGGUUUAGCCUUCAACUGUACUUUUCUACUAUUUGGAUCUGUCAUCCAACUCAUUGCUUGUGCAAGUAACAUAUAUUACAUAAAUGAUCGACUGGACAAGAGGACAUGGACUUAUAUAUUCGGAGCAUGCUGUGCCACUACAGUUUUCAUUCCUUCUUUUCACAAUUACAGAAUUUGGUCUUUUCUUGGCCUCGGAAUGACAACAUAUACGGCUUGGUACUUGACCAUAGCAGCCCUUAUUCAUGGCCAGGCCGAAGAUGUGCAACACUCGGGUCCAUCAAAGCUGGUUCUGUACUUCACCGGAGCCACCAAUAUUCUGUACACCUUCGGUGGACAUGCUGUGACUGUGGAAAUUAUGCAUGCAAUGUGGAAACCUCAAAAGUUUAAGUACAUUUACUUAUUGGCCACAUUAUAUGUUUUCACUCUAACCUUGCCAUCGGCUUCUGCCGUCUACUGGGCGUUCGGCGAUCAGCUCCUUAACCACUCCAAUGCCUUCUCCCUCCUCCCAAAAACCGCUUGGAGGGAUGCUGCCGUUGUUCUUAUGCUUAUUCACCAGUUUAUUACAUUCGGAUUUGCAUGUACACCAUUGUACUUUGUGUGGGAGAAGGUGAUAGGAAUGCAUGACACAAAAAGCAUAUGUUUGAGGGCACUUGCAAGAUUGCCAAUAGUGAUUCCAAUCUGGUUUUUGGCCAUUAUUUUCCCUUUCUUUGGCCCCAUAAACUCUGCAGUUGGGGCACUUUUAGUGAGUUUCACAGUCUACAUUAUCCCAUCUCUUGCUCAUAUGCUCACAUACCGAAAAGCCACUGCUCGUCAGAAUGCAGCAGAAAAGCCUCCGUUUUUCUUGCCAAGCUGGACAGCCAUGUAUGCACUGAACAUAUUUGUGGUAGGUUGGGUUUUCGUGGUUGGAUUUGGGUUUGGAGGAUGGGCAAGCAUGACAAAUUUUGUCAGACAAGUCGACACAUUCGGGCUCUUUGCUAAAUGUUAUCAGUGUAAGCCUCCAACGCCCGCACAUCAAUCCCCGGUAGCUCCCCACCAUUAG